GCAGGCAACUGAGCUGUAUUAAUCUGGCAAGAAGGCUAGAAAGCUCAACACACCUUCCUAUUACUCUACAUAUCUUAUGUCUUUCAUCCAAAAAGAACCAAUUUCUAAUCAGAUAAAUAAUUAACCACCUCAAGAACCAAGCUGAGUCAUGUUUCGGCUGCUGACCUCUUGCUGGUCUCGGCUAAAGACAACUGAAGAGACACGAAGGAAUGUGACCAUCAUUAUCAUUGGAUUGGACAACUCAGGCAAAACUGUUCUUGUGGAGGCUUUCCAAAGAUUACUUCCCAGUAGAAUGGACAAUUGUAUGAAACCUGAACUGAUUACACUCUUGCUGGAUGAGUAUGAAGUUUCCAUCUAUGACCUGAAUGGAGACAUGAAGGGCCGAGAAAUCUGGCCAAACUACUAUGCACAGGCACAUGGACUUGUUUUUGUCCUGGAUUCCAGUGACUUAGGCCGCAUGCAAGAAGUGAAGAUCAUCAUGACACAUCUGCUGGCUGAUAAAAGAGUGGCAGGGAAACCUCUCCUACUCCUGGCAAACAAACAAGACAAGAAGGAUGCCCUCCUACCUUGUGAUAUUAUUGAAUAUCUACUCCUAGAAAGGCUAGUGAAUGAGAACAAGUCCCUGUGCCGAGUGGAACCCUGUUCAGCCAUCAAAAACCUACAAAAAAGGAACCAUCAGCCCAUAAUUGAAGGGCUGCGCUGGCUAUUAGCUGCCAUUGGGGAUAAGUAUGAUGAGCUGUGUACUCGCCAACAGGCACUCACCUUGAGCAUCCCAACCUCCAAGGGCAUCAGAGACUCUGGGGAAAGAUGCUCAUCAGACAGCUUUGCUACCAGGAUGGGAAUGUCCAAAGAAAAAAGACAUCAUCUAGGACAACACUCAGUGGAAGCUAGGCCCCUAAAACCAAUCCUACAGAAAGAAGGUAUAAGAUUAAGGCCUAAAAAGAAUAUAUCAGUAACAUUUGCUUUAGAUGAACCCAUGGAGGAAGGUGAAUGCUCUGGUGGAAACAGAACUUGGAACACUACUGAGCUUUGCUACAAUCAAAGUGAUGACUUGCAGACCCCAGCUCCAAUUGUCAAUGAUCUUUUUGAAGAACCCAAGGCAAAAAAAAAGCUGGAGACAUGGGACACAGAAGAGAUGUUACUGGAAAAUCCCUGUGAAGAAGCCUUUGGAUCCUGUGACUUUUAACAGAGUACAAGAGAAAAAUGGAGGGAAAUAAAAAAAAAUCUCCUAUCAUUCCCUCAGUAAAUAGGCUCAUCUCUAAGAACCAUCAGGACUGCUCAGUUUUUUCAUUUCUAUUUGUUAAUACCACUAAAGUCCCCCCUACCUACAACUCCACCUACUUUAACACCACAUCCCUGUGGACUCCCAUUGUUCCUACCAUCUGUCAAGUGAAGCUUACACCUGCCCCAAGAGGCUCAAGAAAAGUUAGGCGGCAUCCAUUUGAGAACGAAGAUGCUUUUGGCAAAGAAGAACAGAGAUGUUACGUCUCUGCCCCUGGGUGCUCCUCAUGAAGCCCAUGAACAAUAAGUCAUGGGUGACCAACUGAAAUUGAGCCUUAGAAGUAAAGCGUCAGGUUGGAAUUCCAUUCUCCACCCCUGAGGUUCUUGGGUGUAAGGGGACUGGUAGAAAUAAAUAGAACUUCG